UGCUUGGCAGUACUCGGGACGAAAUUCUUCUUCUUGGCGACCGGAAAUUGAACCAGGAAAACCGUCAAGGUACCCAUUGAAGUUCUAAAGCAAGACCUUUCAUAGAGAGCAACUCGCCCGGAAUAUUUUCACAGAGGCAUUCUUCAUCGUUAUUGCUUUACUCGUCUCGGGGGCAUUCUGAAUCGAAAUGUACGUUCUCAGGGCAUGUGUCAUAUCUUUGAGUGCAGUCAAAGCAUUUGCGGCCACCACUACCACAGAUGCUGCCGCGAGCUCCAUCACUGGAUGUCACACCCAUGGGUCAGAAAUAUUCUGCUUUGAUAAUGAUGGACACGAAGUUCUGGUGUCGGUAACCGCUACACCCACGAGUGGAACACCGGCAAAGUACACUGGCUGUCAUACUCAUGGAAAUGAGUCAUAUUGCGUGGAUCAAGAUGGUAAUGAUGUUCUGGUACAAGAGCAAGACAUUGGCGAUGAGGAGUCAGACGAACACAGUCAUAACCAUGUGGAGUCUGAAGAAUCCGAGUCGGCAGAGAAGACUAAUUGCCAUUUCCAUGCCGGUGUUGAGCAUUGUAUAAGCGCAGGGGAGUCCGAGGACAGUAGCCAUCAGUCCUGUGGCAUUCAGACAAGAGACUACAAUGUACCCCUGAGGAUUGGAACGCUCUUCGUGAUUUUUAUCACCAGUGCGAUCGGUGUUUUUGCGCCUAUCUUACUGUCUAAGCUUCCAUUUGCAACCAUCAAUUCCGUGGUAUCAACGAUCCUGAAACAAUUUGGUACAGGCAUCAUUAUCUCGACAGCCUUUGUUCAUUUAUACACACAUGCUUCUCUUAUGUUCACCAACGAAUGUCUGGGCGAACUGGAUUACGAAGCAACUACUUCUGCAGUGGUCAUGGCUGGUAUAUUUCUGGCAUUCUUGUUCGAAUAUGUCGGCCACCGAGUUACCACUGCAAAGGCUAUAAAAGUAGGCACGUCACCUUCGGAACCUACAAGCUCCCAAGGAUCUUCUCCCAAAGAGGAUGUACCACCUCACCAGCAGACAAGACUGGCGCAUGUUGGGCAUACCCAUGGGCCACCCCUUGAUCCAACCAGACCAAUCACAAAGUUUUCGGUAGUUGUGAUGGAAGCUGGUAUACUGUUUCACAGUAUCCUGAUUGGUCUCACGCUAGUUGUUGCUGGCGACUCUUUCUAUAGAACUCUUCUGGUGGUCAUCGUCUUUCAUCAAUUCUUCGAGGGUCUGGCGCUUGGGGCUCGCAUUUCAAUGCUCCCUGGGGCAAUCUUUCCCUCGAAGGCCAUAAUGGCGGGUGCGUUUGCCAUUAUCACUCCUAUCGGGAUGGCUAUCGGUCUGGGCGUCCUGCACUCUUUCAACGGGAACGAGAAGAGCACCCUGAUUGCGCUUGGAACAUUAGAUGCCCUUUCUGCUGGUAUUCUUGUGUGGGUAGGCGUUGUAGAUAUGUGGGCUCGAGACUGGGUGAUUGAAGGGGGCGAAAUGUUUAAUGCACCUUUGGCGAGAGUGUCAACAGGCGGAUUGGCUUUAGUGACCGGGCUCGUUCUGAUGGGACUGCUGGGUAAAUGGGCUUAAGCGGCCAGUCCACAGACCGCUGUCUGCUGACUAGCGCUAGCUUCCGACCAGCUAUUGAUCGGAUCUACUUCCAUCUCCGAGUCGCCAGGAUCCAACCUGGCUUCCAAAAAUGAAAAUUAAACUCUACCCACCAUUUGGACUAGAUCUAUGAGCUACUAUCGUAAUUCUAUG